AUCUGGGCUCGCUCUAUUGGAGGUGAAGGACCGCCUGUCCCCUCUCUGUAUAUGCUGUCAAUGGCUUUCGGGACUUAUUUUAUUUGAAUGUCUGGGCGUUACAAGUGACCAAUAAUGGAUAUUCUAUGGAUAUUAUGGACCAUACCGGCUGUAAUAGCUGUUGAAGAGACACUCAUGGACUCGACUACAGCAACGGCGGAGCUUGGCUGGACGGUCUACCCGGUGUCGGGGUCCAGUGACAACAGCUGGGAGGAGGUGAGCGGUUACGAUGAGAACAUGAACACCAUCCGGACGUACCAGGUCUGCAAUGUCUUCGACAACAAUCAGAACAACUGGGUGCGGACAAAGUACAUCCGGCGACGAGGUGCUCAGAGGAUCCACGUUGAGAUGAAGUUCUCCGUGAGGGACUGCAGUAGCAUUCCUAACGUCCCGGGCUCCUGUAAAGAGACGUUUAACCUUUAUUACUACGAGUCUGACUCUGACACAGCCACCAGGAACUCUCCAGCUUGGAUGGAGAACCCUUGGAUCAAGGUGGACACCAUCGCAGCGGACGAGAGCUUCUCUCAGGUCGACCUCGGAGGCAGGGUGAUGAAAAUCAACACCGAGGUCCGGAGCUUUGGCCCUGUGUCCCGAAACGGCUUCUACCUGGCCUUCCAGGACUACGGCGGCUGCAUGUCGCUCAUUGCUGUCCGGGUGUUUUACAGGAAGUGUCCCCGCAUCAUCACGAACGGAGCUCUGUUCCAGGAGACGCUCUCGGGAGCAGAGAGCACCUCCCUGGUGGCAGCGCGAGGUGUUUGCAUCCCCAACGCGGAGGAGGUGGAUGUGCCCAUUAAGUUGUACUGCAACGGAGACGGAGAGUGGAUGGUACCCAUCGGACGCUGCAUGUGCAAGGCCGGGAACGAGGCGGUGGAGAACGGGACUGUUUGUCGAGCCUGUCCCUCCAGCUUUUUCAAGCCAACUCAAGGAGACGAAGCUUGCAUGCAGUGUCCCAUUAACAGCCGCACCACCAGCGAGGGCGCCAUCAACUGCGUUUGCCGGAAUGGAUACUACCGCACUGAUUCGGAUCCUCUCCAGAUGCCGUGCACAACCGUCCCCUCAGCUCCCCAGAACGUCAUCUCCAGCGUGAACGAAACCUCAGUGAUGCUGGAGUGGAUGCCUCCUCGGGAUUCGGGGGGCCGCGAGGAUGUGGUCUUCAACAUCAUCUGCAAGAGCUGCGGCGGAGGAAGGGGAGGCUGCACCCGCUGCGGGGACAACGUUCAGUUUCUGCCCCGUCAGCUGGGCCUGACAGAGUCCAGGGUCUACAUCAGCGACCUGCUGGCCCACACGCAGUACACGUUCGAGGUGCAGGCUGUCAACGGGGUGUCAGAUCAGAGCCCGUACUCCCCUCAGUACUCCUCAGUCAACAUCACCACUAACCAGGCUGCUCCCUCCACUGUUUCCAUCAUGCACCAGGUCAGCAGUACUCCGGAGAGCAUCACCCUCUCCUGGUCCCAGCCCGACCAGCCCAAUGGAGUCAUCCUGGACUAUGAGCUGCAGUACUAUGAGAAGAAUCAACCAGAAGUUAAUGCGUCCGUCAUCAGGAGCCCGACCAACACAGUGGUCAUCCGGAGCCUCAAACCCGGCAGCAUCUACGUGUUCCAGGUCCGGGCCCGCACCGUGGCUGGGUUUGGACGCUACAGCGGCAAACUGUACUUCCAGACCAUGACUGAGGAGGAAUACAACACCAGCAUCCAGGAGAAGCUACCUCUCAUUAUUGGCUCUGCUGCUGCUGGGUUGGUCUUCCUCAUUGCUGUGGUCGUCAUUAUCAUCGUCUGUAACCGGCGUGGCUUCGAUAGGGCAGACUCGGAAUACACCGACAAACUGCAGCACUACACCAGCGGCCACAUGACUCCAGGAAUGAAGAUAUAUAUUGAUCCGUUCACAUAUGAGGACCCCAACGAGGCUGUGAGGGAGUUUGCCAAGGAGAUUGAUAUAUCCUGUGUGAAGAUCGAGCAGGUCAUUGGUGCAGGAGAGUUUGGAGAGGUGUGCAGCGGUAACUUGAAGCUCCCGGGUAAGAGGGAGAUGUUCGUAGCCAUAAAAACCCUGAAGUCUGGCUACACGGAAAAACAGAGGCGAGACUUCCUCAGUGAAGCGAGCAUCAUGGGCCAGUUUGACCAUCCCAAUGUGAUUCGCCUGGAGGGCGUGGUCACCAAGAGCAGCCCGGUCAUGAUCGUGACUGAGUUCAUGGAGAACGGAUCUCUGGAUUCUUUCCUCAGACAAAAUGACGGGCAGUUCACUGUGAUCCAGCUGGUCGGUAUGCUCCGCGGCAUCGCCUCGGGAAUGAAGUACCUGGCUGACAUGAACUACGUGCACCGAGAUCUCGCCGCCCGGAAUAUCCUGGUCAACAGCAACCUGGUGUGCAAGGUGUCCGACUUUGGCCUCUCACGCUUCCUGGAGGAUGACACUUCGGACCCAACGUACACCAGUGCUCUGGGAGGGAAGAUUCCUAUCCGAUGGACUGCGCCCGAAGCCAUCCAAUACAGGAAGUUCACCUCUGCCAGUGAUGUGUGGAGCUACGGGAUCGUGAUGUGGGAAGUCAUGUCCUACGGAGAGCGGCCGUACUGGGACAUGACCAAUCAGGAUGUCAUCAAUGCCAUAGAGCAGGACUACCGGCUGCCCCCGCCCAUGGACUGCCCCAGUGCCCUGCACCAGCUCAUGCUGGACAACUGGCAGAAGGACCGCAACAACCGGCCCAAGUUCAGCCAGAUCGUCAACAACCUGGACAAGAUGAUCCGUAACCCCAACACGCUGAAGGCCAUGACCCCGCUGUCUUCAGGUGUUCAUCUCCCUCUCCUGGAUCGGAGCAUUCCUGACUUCUCCAGCUUCAGCACCGUGGACGAGUGGCUGGACGCCAUCAAGAUGGGCCAGUACAAAGACAACUUCGCCAACGCUGACUUUUCUACAUUUGACGUGGUGUCCCAGAUGACUAUGGAUGACAUCCUGAGGGUGGGAGUGACGUUAGCAGGCCAUCAAAAGAAGAUCCUGAACAGUGUCCAGAUGAUGCGGGCACAGAUGAACCAGAUCACGUCUGUGGAGGUCUGACCCUCGGAGCAGAGCAGAGGGGGAAGAUGAGAUCGGCGGUUUGGGGUUGCAGGGCUCUGUGUGCUGAGGAUGGAGUGGAUGUUUUUUUCGCAGUUACAGUGCGUCUGGUCUUCCCUCCAGACUACCAUUCAUCCCUUGUUCCCCUUCCACUCUUCCCUCCUCCUUCUCCUCCUCCUCCUCCUCUUCUCAUCCCUUCACCCUGACUCUCCCUCCAUCCGCGGGAUCAGCUGCGGGGAGAGGCAGAAGUCCAUACCGGGCAGGGGGGGGGAUCUGCAGCCGACCCACCAACACGGAAGGCUAGAAGUGACCAGCAACACAUUCUUCAAUCUUCCACCAACUUUUCAUUUGAUGUUGAACUUUAAUUUUUAUUUUUGGUUUGUUUGUUCUGAUAAUUUUGUAAAGAAUUUUUUAAAGACGUAAAAAAAAGAAACUGAGGAAAGGGGGAGGAGUUAAUCUAAAUUUAUAGAUGAUUAUAAGGUUGUACGAUAGACGGACUGAGUAGGAAAGCUACCCUUUAAAAGGGCGAAAAAAAAAGAAACAAGGGAGAGAAGGCCUUCCUCCGCACGGCGUGGAUCUCAUCUCUGCCGGCUCUGAUUUCAGACAUGAUGAGGAGACACAAUGCGCAGAGGACAGUGAGGGACCUGACGUGCACUCAGACCUGUUUCCCAGGAGAGGAAGUAAAUUAAAAAAACAUGUAAUGGACUUUUGGCAUAGACUGAUGUCAAACACAUUCAGAGUGACGAUUCACACGCUGGAAUCAACGCUACAGAAAAGAAAUGUUUUUCAUCAUUGCAAGUAGUUUUCUAUAUUGUGUGAAUUUUUGUGAUGAAGACUCCGUCUCACCAUGCUUCCUCUCACUACGGACAAAGUUUGUUUAUUUUCCCUCUUACGGUCACACCUCUCCAAGAAGAAUCUUCCCCGAUCAUGAUCCUGCACACGCCUGACCCCGCCACCAUGCAAAGACUCACACCAGUGCAAACGAUUUCUACAAGAGAAGAAGAGCUGACUGCAGGGAGGAUGUGGUUGUUGUUACCUUUAGUCUCUUUCCUUAUUCUGUGAAAACAAAACAAAAACAGCGACUUCCUACACAGAUCACGCCAAAAGAAACAGGUUCUACUGUUUACAUCACAGACAAACAGUCGGUCCUCGUCCACAUGGUUCAUGUCUGUGCACAUGUUGCACACGCACACGCACACAGAGAGCAACAGUGGCUCCUGAAGCGUCGGGACUCAUGUUUGAUAGCAUGCUGAGUGAGUGCUUAAUUUCACAGUGCUUUGAUUUGCUGCAAUUACUGGAACUCUGUUUGGUGAGAGCUUGGGUUUGACACACUUUACAGAGUAUAAUGUGGCUGCAUUAUAUUCCCUCUUUCUUCUUCUUCUUCCAGUUUUUUUUUCCUUUUGAAGAUUUUAUGUUUAAAACAAGUUUUGAUACGACAUGCGUACAUAAAAAGAAUCAUGAACAGACUUUACAAUCAGGCGUAUGUUGGAUUGAAGACAAAAUGCAAUGUGUUAUAUUUUUGCAAUUUCUGUAUGGAUAUUAUUAGAUUGAAUAUUGGUUUUUUUCUGCACUGAGUCGACUGUUUGACUCCAAAAACACUCUGGAUCUUCCAUCAAUGCUAAGAAGUUUUAUUUUAAAACAUGACACAUGUUGGUGCACGACCAUGUAGAGAAACCAAACAGCCUUUGUUUUCAUUUCUCCGUCACUGCAAGCAUUUCCUUUCUUCUUUCCUCACAAGUGCAGAGCUGUCCAUCAUUGUUUGUGUCAUCCUCGGGAGCCAUGUUUAUGGGGGGGGGGGGGGACAUGGAGUUUGUAGCAUUGCAGUGAUUCCCUGGAGAUGGUGGGUUUGUAUAUACAACCGUUAAGUGAUACCAGCUCCUCCGAGGCUCCUGCAGACCUGACAGCCAGACAUGGGCGUCCAGCUGUGAGCCAUCGGUGAGAUGCGUCCGGCCUCCGCGGGGCGCCCACACCCCGAUCACAGCCGCUCUGUCCGGGGCGCUGAUUCCCUCCUGCUACCCUUGAUCACACACACACACACACACACACACACACACACACACACACACACACACACACACACACACACACACACACACACACACACACACACACACACACACACACACAGACACUUACGCCUGUCCACCACCUGUCUGCCGCUCUCACUGAUCUCACCACAGUCGGACUUCUGCAGUUGUCUGGUUUCGUCUCGGUGAGUUUCAAAGCAGCAGCAGCAGCAGUCAGGCUGACACUCAUCAAUGCAGCAGUCGUGUCUUGUCUUGUUUGAAAAAGAUUUCCUCCAGACUGGACAUUGCUUCCAUGUUUGAACCAAAUCCUCAGAGUUUUUGUGGCUGCAGCACCAAAAACCUUCGUAAAGAAAGUGAGAAACCUCAGUGAGUGCACCCCCAAGUCCACCCCGCUUUCAUUAUCCUGGCCCGUCCAGAGAAGUCAAGGCCACAGAUGUGGAGAGAUUUUGAUUCUUUUUUCUGCUCCAUAAUCUCCUUUUGGUUAUUUUCAUCUGCACUGACACAUCAGAAAGAGAUUUUUGUAACAUACGAGACUCGAGGAAGAGAAUCAUGAGCUGUUAGUCAUAGCUAAGAGACGAACGAGGAGUGACUCUGUGACCUAAAUGCCGCUGAUGCCAAUGUGCAGUUUUGCUUUUUCAACUAAGCUUUAUACUGUCUUCCCUUUUCCAUUUCUUAAUACUUAACAGCUCAUCAGUUUUACGUCUUAUGUGAGGCUGAGGCUGUACCUCUUGUCACGGCGCGCAGAAUACUCCUUCGUCAGGAAAAACACUUACAGAAAUUAAUCUUAAGUCUACAUGAGGCUGGUGAGUUUCUGCUCCGGCCCCAUUAAAGCCCGUUCAGACACUUGUCUACAGACACUGCCAAGAGUUUGAGUUAUUAAUCGAGCAAUUAUCCUUGAACUCCGAUUCAAGGAAGUACCUAAAACUGGGUGGGCAGACAUAAAACCAAGCUGAAGUUGACUUUCUGUUGCAUCCAGUUAGAGCCGUCUGGCAGCCAAGAGCAUUAUUUUCCUCCACUCUGUCUGAAGAAGUUUGUUGGUUUUCAUGUCAGCUGAAGGAGUUUUUUUUUUUUAAAAAAAACCCUUUUGAUAGAAUCUGGAGGGUUUGAAGCACCGCAUGAAGUAUUUAUGUAUCUUAUGAUUUUAAUGGCACAGAGAAGGCGUAUUGUUGCAGCUCAAGCCGAGCUGAGGAGAAAUUGAUGCACUUAUGUUGAGUAUUUCAAGUGUUUCUGACUCUCUUGAACAAAACACUGACUGCUUUCUUUGAAGCAGAGCCGAGCCUGUGAGUGAAGCCCUGACGUCCAAAAACGGAGCUAUUUAUUAAUGUUUCAAAUUCAAGGGAUUAAAACAUCUAGUUCAAGAGAUUUGGCCUAAUUUGGUGAUCAUUCUUAAUCACCUCUCUGAAAUCAGAAAUUUAAUCUGAGUUGAGUUACAGUCCAUAGCCGUUCAGUAUUUUUAACAGUCUUAAAGUUUAGGAAUAUUGGACCCCUUUUAAAAUAAAAAAUCUACAGUAUUCUUUUAAAGAUUUGUAUAUACAGAAAGCUCUUUGUGCCCUUUUAUUUCACUUCCCCCUUUUAAAAUGCUUUUGUCACUUCAUUUCCCAGAGAGAAAAUGUGCUAUUGAAUUUUUCAGAUGUAGUUUUAUUGUGAAAGUUUUACAGCACCGAAAAUAUGCCAUCCACACACUCCGGCCUCUCCAGUUAAAGAACUUUUUUACAGCUUUUGGAAAUUGUAGUAGAUGCAUUGCGGUUUGUGACGGUCGUAAUGGUUUCACACAACGUUUGACUACUUCCAACUUUCAGCAAAACAAACUGUACAAUCUCCUCUUACGUCUGUGAAGCAAAAGUUUUAAAAAAAGAAACACACAGACACACACACACGCACUCUCGGUCCUGCCCUCACUGUGUGCCAGUUUUUGAAGGACGGAGGAAAAGCGUUAAGUCUCAGUGUUACUGUUACAUGAGAGUGUGCAUAAACACAAGCCGUGCCAGCGUCAACCCACCGGGCUGCGUUUGAACGCCGCCCAGCCACAGCACGGUCAGAAGCGAGAGGUCUGCCUCCUGAUGUGGGAGACAGAAAAUGGCUCCUGUAUAAUGGAUGCGGUUCACAGCACCAGAGUGCCCUCUACUGCUGUGGUGGUCAAAUGUAGCAUGCUGGAGGGACUUUUCCAGGAGCAGAGAGUCUGAAAGCUGCAGCAGGCUGAGGCUGAUGAUGGACAAACGCUGGCUGCUGCCGCUCAGAGCAAACCUGUGUCUUUCCCUCUGUUGGACAAACUUUCAUACCACUGAAUUUCCCCAAAUGACCCAGUGUUCCCCCCUGUCCCCCCCUCCGUCUCCCACUACCACUCUGGCUGUUGGCUUAACUACAGACGGGGAUCUUCAAGUGUUCCCCGCUCCUUUGAAGCCCACAUUGUAGACCAGUGCCGGUUCAGACCACUGUGACUGAUGUGGGAGAUUCUGUAUUUCUGUAUAAAUGUAUAUUGACUGUAACCCUGUGAAUGAUGUAACAAUUUCAUUAUUUGUAAUAUUGUCAUUGGUUUAUUUUCUAAAAAUGGAAAGCCCAACUUGACUCUCCUCAAUAAAAAAUAAGAUCUGUUAUAAAA